ACUUCUUUGAAAGCCAAGUCAUUGGCGUAACAAAGUAAAUAUCUGGAUAAUGAAAGUAGAGGGGCCAUAUAUAUAGUUUUACCAUUUAUUCUCACCCUGUAAGAAGGGACGUUGCCUUGAGCUGAGGUUUUCUUGAUAGGAUUCCCAAAAUGGAAUUUAAACUACUCAUCUUCUUCAUCUUAAUUUUACCAAAAGGUCUUACUGCAUUGACACUGCAACCAUCAGCAAACCCUGUGCGUGUGGGCACCAAUGUCACUAUUAGAGUAAUUGGCGCCACGAGCAGUCCAGCUGGUGCCUGGCUGUUUGGGCCGAGUGUAUUGUUUGUGUGGUACUCAGGGUCUACAUUAAUCGGCAGUAGCUACGAGAAUGGAAUUGCAUUCAACAACACAACAUUUGAUCUCUUUUUACCUACCGUAACUCUGGACAGUUCUGGUCUUUAUGUGUUUGAGGACAUUGGAGUGAAUCGGAGCAAAGCCGAACUUAUUUUAGAUGUUCAAGCACCUAUAAGUGCAGUGUCUACAAGUGUUAGUAAAUCAAACCUGAUGGAGUUGAACGACAGCGUGACGUUCACAUGCUCUGCCAGUGGAACACCGAUGUGGAUUUCGUGGCAGAACGGCAGCUCUCUGAUCACAGCAUGGGAUAGGAUUGUGCUCAGUAAUGGCGGACAGGUUCUCACCAUUAAUCCGGUGAUGCGGUAUGACCAAGGACCGUUCAAGUGCAUUGUGGCAAACAACGUCAGUAAUGGAGAAAGCACGCAAGUUAGCCUCAAUAUAAACUAUGGGCCGAGUAACCUGAGAUUGACGGCCUUGCCAGACAGAAUAGCAUAUGCGUCAGGCUCUGUUAUAUCUUUGUCAUGCAUGGCCGACUCCAACCCAACAGCAUCUAUGUACUGGACAUACAAUAACGCUCCUCUAAACGUCAGUGGCUCAAACCUACAAAUAAAUAACCCUACCACGAGCAAAUCAGGGCAAUACACUUGUGUUGCCAGUAACGCGGUGACACUCCUAUAUGCUACAGUGACAAAAUCCAUUCGCAUACUUGAUUCAAUAUCGCAAGUGACGGUGAAUCCCCAAGCAGGCUACCCGAUAGAAAAUGCGUCUUUUAGUCUGUCCUGCAGUAUUGUGGGGUCGAUGGGCUCUAUUCAGUGGACGAAGAAUAGCAUGUACCUGGUCGCCGACAGUAGGAUCACAUUCUCCAAUCAAAACUUAACCUUGACCAUUAAUCAACUAAAUAUCAAUGACAACGGACAAUACACGUGUGUAGCCAGUAAUGAUGUCAGCAACAUGAGCAGCUUGGCCUACAACUUCAAGGUCAACUAUGGCCCAAGAAAUGUAGCAAUCUCUGGUCCAGAUGUAUCUGCAGUGGGAUCCAUUGUGACCUUCAACUGUUCUGCUGACUCUCAACCUCAGAGUCAGUACAGCUGGUAUUUCAAUGGCUUGAAAGUAGACAACAGAUCGGUGUAUACGACAGGAGCUCUCUCAGUCAGCAAUAGUGGACGGUACAUCUGUAUGGCCUACAAUAACAUUACGGGCCAAAGCAGCAAUGCCUCAAAGGAUCUAACUGUAAUUGUUCCUAUCAGUGCCGUUACGGUGAACAUAAACAACCAGCAACCGGUCUUCAAUCAGUCAUUCACGCUAACCUGCAACAUCGUUGGAGAUGUUUCCUCCAUUCAGUGGAUGAAGAAUGGUCUGCCUCUGUACGCCAACAGCAGGAUUACGUUCUCCAGUACCAACUCCACCUUGAGCUUUAACCCACUGAAUCUUAAUGAUGGUGGACAAUACCAGUGCGCAGCCCGCAACCUUGUCAGCAACAUGACUAGCAUGCCCUACAACCUUACUGUCAACUAUGGUCCAUGGAACCUCACAAUCUCUGGUCCGACUCUAGGAGUUGUAGGGUCAAAUGUGACCUUCAGCUGUUCGGCAAUUUCUCAGCCAGCCAGUCAAUACAGCUGGUACUUCAGUGGCUCAAUUGUGGGAACCGCUUCAGUGCUUGUGAUCAGAGCUCUUGCAGUAAACAACAGAGGACUGUACACCUGCGCAGCUUACAAUAACAUCACAAUGAGCAACAGUAGUGCUUCGGUGGACUUAACAGUAAUCAAUCCUAUAACAGCAAUUGCAGUGAAUGUAAACAAUCAGCAACCGAUCUUCAAUCAGUCAUUCUCACUUACCUGCGGUGUCACUGGAGAUGUUUACUCCAUUUGGUGGAUGAAAAAUGGUCUGCCCGUGUACCCCAACAACAGGACCACGCUCUCCAACAAUAACUUUACUUUGACGUUAAACCAACUCACUUUCAAUGAUGUUGGACAAUACCAGUGUGGAGCUCUUAACCCUUUUAGCAACAUGACCAGCUUGCCUUACAACUUUACUGUCAACUAUGGUCCAUGGAGCACCGCAAUCACUGGUCCGACUCUAGGAGCUGUGGGGUCAAAUGUGACCUUUAACUGUUCAGCAAAUUCUCAACCAGCCAGUCAAUACACCUGGUUCUUCAACGGCACAAAUGUGGGAACCGCUUCAGUCCUUGUGAUCAGAUCUCUCACAAUGAACAGCAGAGGACUGUACACCUGCGUGGCUUACAAUACCAUCACAAUGAGCAACAGUAGUGCUUCGGUGAACUUAACAGUAAUCAAUUCUAUCACGGCUGUUUCAGUGAACAUAAACAAUCAGCAACCGGUCUUCAAUCAGUCAUUCUCACUAACCUGCGGUGUCAGUGGAGAUGUUUCCUCCAUUCAGUGGAUGAAAAAUGGUCUGCCCGUGUACCCCAACAACAUGACCACGUUCUCCAGCAAUAACUCAACCUUGACGUUAAACCAACUCUCUCUCAAUGAUGCUGGACAAUACCAGUGUGUAGUUGUUAACCCUUUUGGCAACAUGACCGGCAGCCCCUACAACCUUACGGUCAACUAUGGUCCAUGGAGCACCGCAAUCACUGGUCCAACAGUAGGAGCUAUAGGGUCAAAUGUGACCUUUAGCUGUUCAGCAAAUUCUCAACCACCCAGUCAAUACAGCUGGUUCUUCAACGGCACAAAUGUGGGAACCGCUUCAGUCCUUGUGAUCAGAUCUCUCACAAUGAACAACAGAGGACUGUACACCUGCGUGGCUAGCAAUAACAUCACAAUGAGCAACAGUAGUGCUUCAGUGGCCUUAACAGUAUUCAAUUCUAUCACCGCCGUUUCAGUGAACAUAAACAAUCAGCAACCGGUCUUCAAUCAGUCAUUCUCACUAACCUGCGGUGUCGCUGGAGAUGUUUCCUCCAUUCAGUGGAUGAAAAAUGGUCUGCCCGUGUACCCCAACAACAUGACCACGUUCUCCAGCAAUAACUCAACCUUGACGUUAAACCAACUCAUGUUCAAUGAUGCUGGACAAUACCAGUGUGUAGUUGUUAACCCUGUUGGCAACAUGACCGGCAUGCCCUACAACCUUACUGUCAACUAUGGUCCAUGGAGCACCACAAUCUCUGGUCCAACAGUAGGAGCUGUAGGGUCAAAUGUGACCUUCAGCUGUUCAGCAAUUUCUCAACCAGCCAGUCAAUACAGCUGGUUCUUCAGCGGCACAAAUGUGGGAACCGCUUCAGUCCUUGUGAUCAGAUCUCUCACAAUGAAUAACCAAGGACAGUACACCUGCGUGGCUUACAAUAACAUCACAAUGAGCAACAGUAGUGCUUCAGUGGGCUUGACUGUAACUAAUCCAAUCACGUCUGUUAUGGUGAAUACAAACAGUCAGGUACCAGUCCUGAAUACGUCAUUCACACUAACAUGCAAUGUCAUUGGAGAUGUUGCCUCCGUCCAGUGGAUAAAGGACGGCGUGAGUAUUCCAUCCCAAAACAAUAUAAACUUAACGAUUAACCAGCUAACUCUCCGCGAUGAUGGACAAUACAAGUGUGCAGUUCUUAACCCUGUCAGCAGCAUGACCAGCAUGCCCUAUAACCUUACGGUCAACUAUGGUCCAUCGAGCACAGCAAUCACAGGUCCAAGUGUGGCAGAGGUGGGGAACAACGUGACCUUUAACUGUUCUGCUGUCUCUCGUCCUGCAAGUCAGUACACCUGGUACUUCAAUGGCUCAGUAGUGGCAAACAGCUCAGUCUAUGUCAUGUUGGCCGUCACACUAAACAAUACAGGACGGUACACCUGCAUGGCCUAUAAUAGCAUGACAGGCACCAACAACAAUGCCACACUGGACUUCAAUGUAUAUGAGGCGAUCACCUCCGUGUACGUGAGCUCCAGUCCAUCUAUUCCACAUGAAUCCGAAAACCUGAUACUCACGUGUAAUGUGAAUGGCUUCUACAACAGCAUCAGCUGGUUGAAAAACAGCCAGACUUUACAGACAUCAGACAGAGUUACAAUCACUGGAGUGAAAAAUAACACGUUGAACUUCAUGCCCUUGAAGACAGCUGACAAUGCAAUGUACCAGUGUAUCGCUAUAAAUCUGGUUAGACCUCACCAGAGUCAGCCAUACAAUGUGGUGGCCAACUAUGGACCAGUAAAUGUACAGAUUACAGUAAAUCCAGGGUAUAUGACAACCCUCACAUGCAGUGCAGAAUCCCAGCCGGCGGCCGUGUAUCAGUGGAUUGUCAACAACGGCACCGUGCUGGCAUAUCAAGCUUCUAUUCAAAUAUCCAUUCAGAAUAUCCUGGGCUACAAUUACACCUGUGUGGCCAGAAACCCCUUGACCAACACGACAGUCUACACCAGCCACUUCAUCGGUGAGUACCCGAAUGCUUCUGUCGGUGUCCACGCGAGCGUCAUGUUAACCGCUCUUCUCGCGCUCCUGCUCACUGUGCUGAAUGCAUGCAUGUAAUCGUGAGAGUGACAUUACGCCUCUGUGUGGACUGACUGUCUGAAUGAGGUUUACGGGUAAAAAAAAAUAAUUAAGGUACAUUUAAAUAAACGCACAGUGGAAUGUAUCUGCAAUUUUUUAUGAAUUUAAGCACUUUCGUACCUUAUUUAGAGGCAGAGUUGUAGUAUAAGCAUAAAUAGAUUACAGAGUUGGAGAUGUCUGGAAGACUAUGAUAGCACCAUUACAUCAUUUGCUUAUAUAAAUUUAUUAUAAUUGUGCUGUAGCCUAUUUAUUAUCAUUAAAUUACCACAAAUGAAUCACUUAUCUAAUUAGUCAGAGUUUAGUUUUAUAUAUUAUAGCCUAUAUGUCAGCUGAGCUGGGGGAAAUACAUGGAGGUAAUAUUUUAAUAUUCAGAUUAUUAGCUCUGAGUUUUUAAACAUCCUUCUAGACACUAUUACACACCAACAUUACCAACUAUGAAACUAUUUCAGUUACUUACCAGUUUGUUUUACAAAUGUUCAUAUGUUUAUAAUCAUACAAUAUAAUGUGUGGCUAUUUCCAAAAAUGUAAACACAUGUUAGGCAACAAAUGUCGAAUGUGAUAUUGUAUGUUAAACUAAAUAAAUAAAUUAUGCAAAGAAA